AGUGAACACCACAAUUUCUAUGAGGACCGACGUUGGGACUUUGACUGUAAACCCACCAGCAAGGCUGUAGACUGUUACUGGUCACCUUACAUCAACAACUUUGACCAAACUUUCACUUUUGAGUGUAAACCACAGUACGCACUUGCAGGAAUGAGCAGCCACCACGACAACUACUAUGAGGACAGAAUGUGGAGGUUUUACUGCUGUGAAAGUAAGUGUAUUUCUGGAAACUGUCUGUGGACUUCAUAUGUGAACUACUUUGAUGAGUACAUCUACUGGACUGUGCCUCCUCACAGUUUUCUGGUGGGCGCUGAUAGCUACCAUCAAAAUUUUCAAGAGGAUCGACGGUGGAAGUACAAGUACUGUGUCCAACAAUCAUGUUGAAGGAUUCUAAGGAUUAUUUUGAAAUAAAAAAGUAUAUUU